AUGUCAUCAUCAUACUCACAAUUAAUCUCUCAACUUGCAAUCGAAAUAUCAGAACAUAUCAACUUACAUGCACCAAAUGAAGUCUUAGCAAAACGAGUGAUUGAGCUUUAUCGUUCUCCAACCAGUAACACACUACCAACAUUCUCAAAUAAUAUUAAAAGCUUUGGAAAAUUUAAAGAUGAUUAUAUUAUUACCCUUUGGAAAAAGUUAAAUGAAAGAACUGAUCUUUCAAAUCAAACUCUAGAUCUCAGUCUUGAUCCAUCUCAAGGUUUCACAAAUGGUAUUAAACUUAAUGAGAAAGGUACAAGUGGUAUACCUCAAAUGAUCAUUCAAGAUCAUGAUAUUUUACUUCCUUCAAAUUCGAUCACUGGUGGUAUAGCUAUGCCGAAAUCUGGAUCUUUAAGACUUGGAAAGGAAUCAGAUGCAAAACAUGUCUUCAAGGUACCACAAACACCUCGCUCUUCUGAACUUGGUCUCGAUAAUUUAGCAAGACUCAAACGUAAAGAGAAAAGUCAAAAAGAAGAACAAAUGAGAGAUUCAAAGAAGCAUCGAUUAGCAUCCGAACUUUCUGAUAUGAAUCUCACAUCAACUUCUCAAGAAAGUGCAGAAUUCAAGGUUCCAACCCGUCCAGCUUCUCAUAAUUUGAAUCGUCGAAAUAGACCAGACGAAACCCCAUCUCAUGGAACAGGUCUUUCUUCAACAGCACAAGCUAAAUUAGAUGAAUAUCGUAAAAAAAGAGCCGCUUUAGCUAAUCAAGAAAGAUUUGAUUCUAGAAACGAAAAACCAAAGACAGAUGGAGCAUUAGAAGAAUUUAGAGAAAGAGCCAAUCGAGUUCAACAACGUAGAGAGGAUAGAAGAGAUAGGUUUAGAAAUCAAGAUGAUCGACCAAAGUUUAAUGAACAUCCAUCAAAUUCAAUUAAGACGUCAAGUUUUGAGGAUACUCCUAUAAGCUCUAGUACGCAACAAAGGAUGAAAGCAAGAGGAUGGGAAUCAACUCCUUCAGCUACCAAUGGUACCAGUACACGUCAUUCCUGGGAUUCUACACCUCGAUCUGUUGCCCGAGCGCCUCAACGAAAAGAAUGGGAUACACCUCAAACAGUUCGCGGAGAGAACUAUGACGGUGAAUAUGGUCCACCACUCGAGUCGGGUAUUGAUGCAAGAGAGUGGGAAGAAGAACAAAUGAAAUUAGAUCGUGAUUGGUAUAAUAACGAAGAAGGCAACACGAUAGAUGAUAAUUAUAAUCCGUUUACUGCUUAUGAAGAUGAAACAAAUAGUCAAGAAGUUUCUGAGAAAGGCAAAAAACGCAUGUCAGCUAAACAAGCUGCGAAACAUGAAGAACAACAGCUUUGGGAAGAACAACAACUCCGGAUGAGUGGAACUGGAAAUAGCCGACGAAAACUUGAUCUUGACUUUGAUGAUGAGGAAGAGAGUAGAGUGCAUUUAUUGAUUCAUGAUCUUAAGCCACCUUUUUUGGAUGGUCGAUUGAUCUUUACUAAACAACUUGAACCUGUUAAUCCGAUCAAAGAUCCAACUUCAGAUCUAGCCAUCUUUAGUAAGAAAGGAAGUCUUCUGGUUCGAGAACAGAGGCUUAGAAAAGAGCGAGAGAAGGCUGCUGCUAAAGUAGCAGCUCUGGGUGGCACGACUCUUGGAAAUUUGACGGGAGUCAAGGAGGAAGAAGAAGUAGAUGCUAUGGAUCAGGCCGUGAUCGAUGUACAGACGGACGAAGUUGCGCAAGAACAGCCAAAGGAGGAUCCUUCAGAUGAAAGACAUUCUGCUAGGAAAGAAUCUCAAUUCGCAUCCCAUCUGAAGAAAUCUGAUGGAGUCAGUCACUUUGCCAAGUCCAAAACAUUAAAGGAACAACGUCAAUACUUGCCUGCGUUUGCUUGUCGAGAGCCUCUAUUAAAACAAAUUAGGGAGAAUCAAGUCAUGACCGAUGGUGUCUUGUUGCGAGAAUCACUUAAUGAAGGAGAUCUCGACCGAUAUAGUGUCAUUAUCUUAGAUGAGGCACACGAGCGUUCACUCUCAACUGAUGUUUUGAUGGGCUUGUUGAGAAAAAUCUUAUCUAGGAGAAGAGAUUUGAAAUUGAUCGUUACUUCUGCGACGAUGAAUGCUGAAAAGUUUUCCCGUUUCUUCGAUGACGCAUUGGACUUCACCAUUCCGGGCCGAACAUUCCCGGUGGAUAUCCUCUUCAGCAAGACACCAUGUGAAGACUAUGUUGACAGUGCGAUCAAACAAGCCUUACAAAUCCAUCUAUCACAUCCACCUGGUGAUGUGUUGAUCUUUAUGACUGGACAAGAAGACAUAGAAGUCACCUGCCAAGUCAUCAAAGAUCGAGUGAAACAAUUAGACGAUCCACCGCCCCUCUUGGUUCUACCGAUUUAUUCUCAGAUGCCUGCUGAUCUUCAAGCCAAGAUUUUCGAGUCAACAAAAGAUGGACGUCGAAAAUGCAUCGUAGCCACGAACAUUGCAGAAACAUCUUUGACAGUGGAUGGUAUCAUGUAUGUGAUUGAUUCCGGCUUCAGUAAAUUGAAAGUGUACAAUCCUAGAGUUGGUAUGGACGCACUUCAAAUCACACCUAUCAGUCAAGCCAAUGCCAAUCAAAGGUCUGGACGAGCCGGGCGUACAGGAAAGGGAACAUGUUAUCGACUUUAUACAGAGCAAGCUUUCCGGGAUGAGCUGUUUCCAAGCACAAUACCGGAAAUUCAACGAACCAAUCUGGCUAACACGGUUUUGCUACUCAAAUCUCUUGGUGUUAAAAAUCUCCUUGAAUUCAAUUUUAUGGAUCCACCGCCCCAGGAAAACAUUCUCAACUCAAUGUACCAACUUUGGACACUAGGCGCCUUGGACAACGUUGGGGAGUUGACUGUCCCGGGUCGUAAGAUGUCAGAAUUUCCCAUGGAGCCCUCGUUGGCUAAGAUGUUGCUCACUUCAGUCGAGUAUAAAUGCUCUGCAGAGAUGUUGACAAUCGUAUCAAUGUUAUCGGUACCUUCUGUAUUUUAUCGACCGAAAGAGAGGGCAGAAGAAAGUGAUGCAGCAAGGGAAAAGUUUUUUGUUCCGGAAUCCGAUCAUCUUACGCUUUUGAACACUUACACUCAAUGGAAGAGUAAUGGGUUCAGCGAUUUAUGGUCUACAAAGCAUUUCCUACAUCCCAAAUUGUUGCGCAAGGCCAGGGAAGUUAGGGAGCAGUUGGUGGAUAUCAUGAAGUUUCAGAAACUGGAGGUAUUGGCAUGCGGAACAGAUUGGGAUAUUAUCAGGAAAUGUAUUUGUGCAGGGUACUUUCAUCAAGCUGCUAAGGUCAAAGGAAUUGGUGAAUAUCAAAAUUGUCGAACUGGGAUUCCUAUGCACCUUCAUCCGACUAGUGCACUUUAUGGACUUGGAUUCUUACCUGAUUAUGUAGUGUAUCAUGAGUUAGUACUGACGAGUAAGGAAUAUAUGCAAUGUGUCACAUCUGUUGAUCCUUAUUGGCUAGCCGAACUUGGACCAGCAUUUUUCUCUGUUCGUGAACAACACUUUACUGAACGUGAUCGAAAAGCAGUAGAUCAAAAAUUCAAUAAACAAACCGAAUUAGAAAUGGAAAUGCAAGCUGAUAGAAUGAAAAAAUUACAAGAAGAUGAAGAAAUGAAGAAAGCGAAAUUGAUGGUAAGUCAAACUCCUAGAGUCUUAGGGAUUGGUGGACCUCAAUUAGGUAGAUUGGCUGGUAGUGGGAUGACGCCUAGAAGAACGCCUAGAAGGUUUGGAAUGUGAAUUACUUUUGUGAUUGGAAUUUUUUAUUGGAUUUGAUGUUUUAGAUCUAUGGGUUGAAAGGUUUAUUUGAUUCACGGAGAUUGUAUUAGUAGCCUCAUAGGAAUGGUGGGAAACUGGGUAUUAGGACUGUGAGAUGCUUGGUAUAUAAAAUUGUGUUUGUCUUCUUU